UUUAUUUCAUUGCUGUGUUUGAUAAAUAUUACAUACGAAAAGAAAAACAUCCACAUGUAUCUCCCUUUACCUCUCAUCAUACUGCAUCACUGCAAUCAAAACAAAGAGCCUUCAUGGGUUUUCUGAAAAACAUUAUAUUUGACAUCCAUCGUUGCCAUCACAAUCCAGACAGUCAUCAGUUGUAAACAGUACAGCAAAGUUUUAGGGGGAAAACAAUGAACAUAAAUAGCCACAUAGACAUAAUGCAGCGCUUUCUGCGAAAUUCAAAAUAACUCAUUCAAAAUAACUCAUAGCCUAUUGACAGCAUUUCACUUCUUAGAUAACUUUUGGAUUUAGACCACAGUCACCUCCUGUACGGUGAGCGUCACUGUCAUACUGUGUCUAAAUAUGCAAAGAAAAGUUAAGCAGAAAGAUGCAAACUCAUGUCGGACCUCCUUUCCGCUGUGACGCAGCCCGCGCAGAGUCGUGGCUGGAGCGCUGCUCUUCACUUCCCACUUGCAUUCAUGCUUUGGCGCUUCAUGCUUCAACUGCGCCCUUCCCCGUGGCUGUUGACCGGGUAACUGGGGUCCUCCAGGGCUCCCCAGGUGAACACAAAGAUCACACCCAUCCAGCUGGCGCAACAGAAGGGGGGUGAUGACUGAAACAAGUUGUGCGAUCCAGGAAAUCCGGCGGUUCUGACGGCGCUGUUUCCAAGAAGCGCAAACAAUAUGAUGUCUGCAAUAGAGAAUGGUGCCCCGGUGUACCAACCUGCACAGCUGCUCAACUGGGUCUACAUGUCCUUGCAAGACACUCAGAGCAGCACUUUUGAUGCGUUCAAAGCCGACACUUCACCUCUGGACAUGAACAUCUCCAAGCGCAGCGCAGCUGAUCUGAGCGCCAACUAUCUCAACAACUUCUUCCAUCUGAGGAGUGAGGCCUUGAACAACAAUUUCUACAAGAGCUCCUCGCCCUACGGGUCCCUCAACAAUAUCGUGGAAGGCCUGAGCUCUCUGGCGGACCAUUUCUCAGACCUCUCCCUUUCCCCCGAGACACGCAAACCCAGCAAAAGGCCGCCGCCCAACUACCUGUGCCACCUCUGCUUCAACAAAGGCCACUACAUCAAAGAUUGCCCUCAGGCUCGACCCAAAGGUGAAGGCCUGACCCCGUAUCAGGGAAAGAAGAGGUGCUUCGGUGAAUACAAAUGCCCUAAAUGCAAGAGGAAGUGGAUGAGCGGGAACUCCUGGGCCAACAUGGGACAAGAAUGUAUUAAGUGCCACAUCAACGUUUACCCUCAUAAGCAGCGACCUCUGGAGAAACCGGACGGCUUAGACGUGUCGGACCAGAGCAAGGAGCAUCCCCAGCACCUGUGUGAAAAAUGCAAAGACCUCGGCUACUACUGCCGCCGCGUGCAAUGAAACAAACACUCGACUUGCCUUACGUACGUACCCCUUUCGAAGCUUUAUAUAAAACGGGAGAUAUAUUUUAUUUACAAAAAAAUACAUGAUCAUUUACCCGAUUGGACUUAAUGCAUCUAACGGUUUUAUUCUCAUGACACUCUUUGACACUGUGACUCUGUAUUUUUUAUUUUUAAGUAUCUCUCCAUGGAGUCGAGUACUUUAUAUUUGCUGGGUUCUUGUAACUUACUCAGUUAUCAUUAUGUGAAUAUUCAUUUGAAGUCUUAACUAUGAAGCUUACCAACUGUGAAUUAAAAAAAGCUUAUGUUCUGUCUUCACUCGUGUCUAACAUGUUGGGACAAGUUUCCAGAUGAAGAAGAUUCUCUUUUACAUGUGUGUAUAGUCCAGAAAUAACUUAAAUGUAAUGUUUCUGUAUAAAAUAUGCAACAAGCCGUUACCAAGUAGGAUAUGCAGUAUUCGUGUGUAUCUGCAUGAGUAUUUUAUCAGUAUUAUUAGGACUGGAUGAUUUUUGAAUAUAUUUUUAAGCCGUUACAGUUCUGUUGAUUAUUACACUUUGUGAAGGAAUAUUAAAUAACAUGUAUUCUUUAUAUGUACGUGGCUGUGGGUAGUUUGUCAUUCCAGUUAUUAAAGCAAUGCAAUAUGGUAGAAACAUUUAGAUUUCUGAAAAAUAGAAGACAUUACAACAGUUGUUUCAGCACGCAGUCCUCAGUCUCACCUAAGUGCUUUUUAUGGGUCAGAGGUCGUGAUGUCUCACUGAAAAGGAAAAGGAGUACACAGCUGAACGUACCGAAGAGCAUGAAGGAUUAAUUGGAAGGUUGCAUGUGCAUGUUGAUUUAGUGGCUCUAUUUUAUUUAAUUGAAAUCGUGAUGAUAAAUGAACAUGAACCAGAAAUACACUUUGACUUAGAACUGUUGAAGAUGUGUGAAACCCUUUGUUGUGCCUUAAUUCAAAUGAACCCUGAACAUGUUUUUGUAUUAAAAUGUAUUGAAACGUG